AUGGCUCUGAUUCGGCUAUUGUUCGCCGUCAUUAGUUCCAGUGCUGUCUGCUCGUCGCCAGUACCGCAAAACACCUCGUCCGCACUUCUUCCAAAGCCACCUCUGUCUCACCAAGGACGAAAUUGUGACCCUUAUCCCACAGACUUCGAUAUUGUCCAGUGGAAAUUGACGGUAGCGCCGUUCUGCCAAACCGCCUACAAUUCAUUCUACACCCUGACGGAAACAAUCGACACAUACGACCUCAUCCUGAAAGGUUCCGGUCAACCCGAAGCCGGCAACCGUAUAUUUGCACCGUAUUAUUUCAUCCCUCCUUCAGACAAUGACGACUGCGCCUUCACCUUCUAUAUCACAGGUGAUAGAACAGAGGCUCCUUUGAAGAAAGACGUCGCGGUGAAAGCUGCGCAGGACAUUCUUGAUAAUUGUGGGUACUUUGGCUACUGGGAUAUUGAGCUUGGGACUGGUGGAGGAGUUAGGGUUCAGGUUAUGGAUGGCUUUAAAGCAAGUCAGGAGCAGGCGGAUAAUGGAAAUCCGAGAUUUCCGCCGUCGCUCAUGCCUGGUGAUGCUGGAAAACAGGUCACUAACGUUGACACGCUCUAA